GACCUCAUCCCGAGAAAGCUGAUCCCAACACUCAUCACCAUGAAGCUCAUCGUUAUUGCUCUGGCCUUGCUUGUCCUGGUUGCUGCCGAGGAUGACAAGUACACCACCAAGUACGACAGCGUCGACACGGAUGAGAUCCUGAAGUCGGACCGUCUAUUCGCUAACUACUUCAAGUGUUUGAUGGACGAAGGUGCUUGUACCCCGGAUGUCAACGAGCUGAAGAAAGCUCUGCCUGAUGCUCUGGAGAAUGACUGCGCCAAAUGUAGCCCCAAGCAGAAGGAAACCAGCACCAAGGUUAUCAAGAAUCUGACCGAAAACCGUCCCGAACAGUGGAAGCUCCUGAAGGCCAAGUACGACCCCAACAACAAGUACGUCGAGAAGUACGCAUCCGAUGCCGACAAGGAUGGAAUCAAGCUGUAAACAAGUUCCUAACAUCUGGUUUUGACUGACGUUUUGCUGGACAAAGCGAAUGCCGAAAAUUGACCCUUGACUCCAUAUUGACAUUUGGCCGCUAGAUGUGACAGUGAAAUAAAGAAAUUACCCCUAA